AUGUCGAAAAGAGGAGCCGCCGCUGGUGCGGAUCAAAUCGUCAAGCUCAUCGUAGGAGCUGGUCAAGCAUCUCCCAGUCCGCCCGUCGGUCCUGCGCUUGGUAGUAAGGGUGUGAAGUCGAUGGACUUUUGCAAAGAAUUCAAUGCGCGCACACAACACAUCCUACCUGGCACACCAAUGCCCACGCGAGUCACUGUACGAGCAGACAGAUCAUUCCACUUUGAUAUCCGGACACCACAUACCUCAUGGCUUCUGAGAAACGCAGCAGAAAUCCCGAUUGGAAAGAAGGGCAAGAGAAAGGGCGCUUCCAAGCCCGGCCACGAGGUGGUUGGCACCGUCACACUGAAGCACGUCUACGAGAUCGCCAAGAUCAAGCAAACAGAGCUGAGAUUAUCAGGCCUGUCACUAGAGGGUCUCUGCAAGUCAAUCAUUUACCAGGCGAAAUCGAUAGGCCUUGCCGUGGUGGCAUAA